AUGAUAGAGCUUACGGUCCCUUGGGAAACCAACAUCCCCAAAGACCAUACCAUCAAGGUCAACAAAUAUUACGAGCUCACAAACGAACUCACUCGAAAUAGGUUCGUAGUAGAUUUGUACGCGGUAGAGGUGGGAGCGAGAGGUAUAACAGCGAAAUCUCUCUACAACCUACUAAAGGACUUGGGCUUGUCCAGAACUCACAUAAAUGCAUUCUUGGAACGUAUAUCGAAGGCAGCCCUAGUAGGUUCUUUUCAAAUUUGGUUAGGUAGGGAGAAGAGCUUGGACAGUGGAGUCCGAGAGGGGGGGCGGAAGAUCUGUCCACCGGUCGAUUUUAACGGCGAAAACGGCGCGAAUACGGACUUGAAAUGCUCUACGUGCGGGAAAAUUUACAAGAGACGAGCCUGGUACAUUAAACAUCUAAAAACACAUAAUGGUGUUGAAGCACGACAGUCGUCGGUAAGAUCUCCAACUAUCACUUCGGAUAGAGUUGACCCUCAUGUAUCCCAUGGUGAACCAUUAACUGGAAACCACCAGGAGUCCAUUAACAUCAGGACACGUCUUAGCAUUCCUAAUGUAAAACAAUCGACUUCGAAAGUUCAUGACGACAACUUAGCGGUCCAGUUAGAGCAUCCGGGCUCGAAGCAGGAAUUAAACUCGCAGGUAGAAACUUUCCAAAAUACCGUUUAUGACUACUUUAGCGAGCAAUAUCCACCACGUAAUCGUUAUGCUCGCAAAAAUAAAGACAAUUCGUUCAAAAUAAAAAUGCGGAAGAAAAAACGGGAAUUAAUAAAAAAUCUACGCAUAGCCAAAGCUCUAGGCGACAAUCACCUUAGUCAUCAACUAGCUAGGGCGCUAAGGUCAAUCCUUAAAUUAAUCCAAGGAAUAUCGGCGCAAACUGCAGAAUAUCGCGAUAAUUUUGACCGGGCAAAACAAGAAGUAGAUUUCGAUAAAAACCCCUUUGAGUAUUCGAAAACCAUUUUUAAGAAAGAACGCGGACAGCUUCUCUUGACCAACGAUCAAAUUUACGACCAUUUUAAGAGCACAUACGAAGUGCCUAAAAGUUUAAGACGGUAUAGGGAUCCAAACGAUCAAAAACCUGAAUUUCCUCGAAUCGAAUUCCACGGCAUUCCACCAACGCUAGAGGAACUAAGUAGUCAGAUCAAGAGGAAGUCGUCUAAAUCUGCACCGGGACCCGAUGGUAUCCCAUAUAUAGUCUUUAAAAAAUGUCCAUCGGUUCGUAAACACCUCCUAAAUAUAUACGGUAAAAUCUGGUCAGGGAAGCAAAUCCCGGAGUGCUUCGGGAAAGCAAUUUUUGUCCUCAUUCCCAAAAAAGAUAUAGUUACUGAUCCGAAAGAUACUAGACCGAUAGCUUUAACAAAUACUAUAUCGAAAAUCUUUUUCUCGGUUCUACAAACGAGAAUGACGCGAUUCAUGCUCAGCAACAACUAUUUUAGGCCAAAUCACCAGAAAGGGUUUUUACCCGGGAUUUCUGGAUGCCUAGAACACAACACCUUGCUGUCGGAGAGUUUGAAAGAUGCUAGAAAAAGCGAGCGGCAAAUCACUGUUUGUUGGAUAGACUUGGAGAACGCAUUCGGGUCGAUACAACACGAAUUGAUGCUAUUCGCGCUUAGAUGGUACAACUUUCCACCCCUAGUUAGAGAUAUGAUCGCGUCGUAUUACUCAAAAUUAAGGUUUUCUAUAAUAACUAAAGAAGGCCCUUCAAAAAGUUUGAGUUAUAAUGUAGGACUGUUUCAAGGUUGUUGUCUAUCUCCAAUUACGUUUAAUAUCGUUAUUAACAUCUUAGUAGACAAAUUAAUCUGUAACGAGAAAAAAUGGGGUUAUCGGUUUAAGUUUAAUAAUAAAUACACGGAAUCCAUUUUAGCCUUCGCUGACGAUCUCGCAAUACUGACACGUAACCCCAAACACUGUCAAGUACUAUUGGAUGAAGUGGAUAAAUUCUGUGAAUGGACGGAUGGAUUGAGGACAAAACCCAGUAAAUGUCAUUGUCUGUGUCUUGGUAGGCGGAAUACAAGAUACACCUCAUACGAUCCGGGACUAUCGUUAGGCGGUCAAUGCAUUUCUACGGUUACGGAAAAUGCACCAUUUAAAUUUCUCGGUCGUAAGAUUGAUAAUAUAGGCCGUACUCCAUCUUUAGAAGGAAUAGUAGAUAGCUUUUUGAACGAUCUUAACAAGUUAGAUGCAGGCUUCAUAAAGAUGUUGAAGUUGUGGCUCGGGCUCGCCCUAACGGCUGAUUCAUCGGCGUUAUUUAGGGGAAGCAAUAGUUUUGGGAUGAGUCUAAAAAGGCCAUCGGAGCUCUAUAAACACCUAAGAGUUUCCAAGAGAUAUAUCCUGGGGAAAUCCCAUGAUGACAUAGUGACAUCGCUCCCAAAAGAUGAAGAUGCCCCCGAGCUAGAGUCACGACUUCAAUUCCAUAAGCAAUUUAUGAUAGGAGCACAAAGUAACAGAGCGGGGUUAGGAUCAAAUAGGAAAGUCCAAGAUGCGGAUAUAUUGAAGUCUUUUAUUCGGCAAGACGAGAAUGAUAAAUAUAAGAUCCAUGCAAUGAAUUUAGAAAUGCAGAACGAGUGGUUAGACAUAGGAGAUUUUUGCAUCCCAUUAGCAUUAAAAUGGCGCACUUUAAUUUAUGAUUGGUCGCCAGCAUUGCUAAAAUUCUACCUCAAUGCGUUCCAGAUGACUCUCCCAGAUCAGAGUAAUUUAGUAAGAUGGGGUAAAAGUACCGAAAAAACUUGCUAUAUCUGUGGAAAGGCAGUUGGAACUGCUAAGCAUCUGCUGGUGGGAUGUAAGGUACUCCUGGACAGCGGUCAAUACUCGCGUCGUCACGAUAGGGUUCUAGAAGUCAUACGUGAAGCGGUUAGUCUUUCGGUAGCCAGAGCGCAAAAGGAAAUAACCACAAACGAACGAUCAGUAGGUUUUGUGAGAGAAGGCACUAGGGCUACAAAAUCAAACGUCAAGCCUUACUCCAUCCUUAAAGCGGCGUCGGAUUGGACUAUAAUGAUGGACACGUAUGAAAAGCAAUAUAGAAUCCCCGAGGAUAUUUGUGCGUCGGCCUCCAGACCGGAUAUAUUUUUGUUUUCGCGAAUUCUAAAGCGCGUAGUGAUGAUAGAGCUUACGGUCCCUUGGGAAACCAACAUCCCCAAAGACCAUACCAUCAAGGUCAACAAAUAUUACGAGCUCACAAACGAACUCACUCGAAAUAGGUUCGUAGUAGAUUUGUACGCGGUAGAGGUGGGAGCGAGAGGUAUAACAGCGAAAUCUCUCUACAACCUACUAAAGGACUUGGGCUUGUCCAGAACUCACAUAAAUGCAUUCUUGGAACGUAUAUCGAAGGCAGCCCUAGUAGGUUCUUUUCAAAUUUGGUUAGGUAGGGAGAAGAGCUUGGACAGUGGAGGUGAGCGUAUAACGCGCGUUAGUUAA